GUUUGAAACUGAAUUCGAGCGAGCGCAAGCUGUUCCCUGAAUAAAGUUCAUUUUUGAGUUUCGGAGUUUCGAAAGUUUUCGGCGGUUAUUUUUUCAUGAAAUGCUGAUAAACGACUAUUUUUUCGUGAUACUUAUUUGCUGAAGCACUAUCCAGGAUGAACAGCACAACAAACGAAUCCAGAAACUUCACAGACGACCAAAUUUACGAUCUGCUAAAGCAAUACCAAUUCACGGUAAUUGGAAUUUACGCUUUUGUGUUCGUCGCUGCACUGGUGGCCAAUAUACUUUUAAUUAUUAUUGUGGUCAAGGAUCAUUACAUGCAGAAUGUGACAAACUACUUUUUGGUCAAUUUAUCAGUGGCUGAUCUACUUGUCACCCUUAUUUGUAUGCCAAAUGCUGCUUGGAGAGCUUACACGGACGCUUACGCUUUCGGAUCAAUUUCCUGCAAAAUAUCCGUUUACUUGCAAGGUAUUUCCGUAGCCAGCAGUAUAUUCACUAUAACAACGAUGGCAAUCGACAGAUACUUAGCAAUAAUACGACCUUUUGGCUUACGACACCGAUGUUUCAAUAAAACUUCGACGAUCGUGAUGAUUUUCGUUUUGUGGGGACUGUCGCUCGUUUUAUUUCUGCCAGAUCUCUGGAUAGCCGGGCUUACUGUGGUUCCGGUUAUGAGCGACGACGUAGCCCUGUGCCGUAUGGAUUACAGCAAUUUUCCAGUGCCAGAAAACGUUAUCGGCAUUGUUUGGUUUAUAUUUAUGUUCGCGAUACCCGGUUGCAUCAUGACAGUUGCCUACAUUUUAAUGGGAAAAACAUUGUGCUCGUCUUUGCCUCCUUUCGACAACGAAUCUACCUGCGCUCAACAACGAAAUCGUGUGAUGAAAUCAAGAAAACGCGUGGCCUGUAUCCUCCUAUUGCUGGCCGUCGUUUUUGCCGCCUGCUGGUUACCUUAUCACAUAAUGAACUUAAUCGUUAACGUGGGCGGACAGCAGUCCGCUUCAUGGUCACAAGAACUAGGAAUGUACCUUUUGUUGCUGGGACACGCGAACUCGGCUUUGAAUCCUAUUAUUUAUUGUGCGCUGUCGAGGAACUUUAGAAACUCCAUUAGGAAUUUGCUCAAGUUCAAAAUUACGUGCAAGCGGAAGAAGAAUAAUAUGAAUAAUUGGGCGGCCGACAGUUCGAAUUCGGGCUUUCAAGUUCAAGCCAGUAACAAGGCGCUGCCUCUUAUUUCGAAUCAGAACAAUUUCGGCAUAAGCAGGAGACAAUCUUCGCAGAAAACUACUAAAACGUGUGCCGUGUAAGAAUUGUAUUAUUUUGGAGUUUUAUGUAAAAAAAAAUAUAUAGCAGAUGGGGAAAUAAGACGCGUUUAUUGUAAAUAAUGUCAACAUAAAUGUCUGAAUUUUUGUAAAAUUGAAACCUUAGGUGUUCAUUAAUGUUGUUAAGGCGGUUACACACGGGCGUGGAUGUCGCUAGAAAUUUUGUAUGCAUACUUGGAGUGCUGUAUCAAGACACAAUUUCGAGUUUUGUGCAAGCGUCUGUACAACGGUGACAUGCACGUUGUUGUUUGCACAUUGAUGCAUGCACACAUUUGUAUCAAGCUAUCCACGCCCGUGUUUAACCGCCUUUAGAGUCUACAUUACUAGUUACAUAAAUGUUGCCUAAUAAUGAAUAUCAUUGUCGGUGUAAUUUCAAUUAAAUGUGUUAUUAAUUUAUAUAGUUUUCAAGAAUGACCAUAAGUAAUAUUCCGUUAUACCAAAUACAUUAAAUGUUUUA